CUUCCCUUCCAUGAUUGACUAACUGGCUUGACCCAACAUUCGGCUACCAGGAUGGAGGUCCUUAGCCAUGAAUCGGAGUAUACCAUAGAAGAUUGCCAAAUGGCUCUCAAGACAGCUUUUUCGGAGAGGGAGUACGAGAGGUCACUAGCAAAGGCCACGCAGCUUUUGGACAUGGAAAUGCAGCGAGCGUGCCAGACAGAGCAGCUGAUUCUGCAAUUCGAAAACGAGAGCCUGCAGUAUCAGUUAGGCCGAGUCAAACAGGAGUUAAACCAAGCGGGGAGCAACGAGUCUGAUACGCGAGCCUCGCUACUCGGAAUGACGCAUGAUCGCAAUCGGUUGCAGACGGCCGUCCAUGCUGCAUCUCGCGAGAUCGAGGGUCUUCGGCGCGAACUCGCAAUAACCAGCAACACUACUCUGGAGUCUAGAAAUCUGGCUAGCGAAAACAGGGCUCUAUCCAACCAGCUGGCUAGUAUGCAGUCUGAGGUCGAGAGACUGCGAUCACAGGAAACCUUGCAACCCUUGCUUGCGGAGAACCAGUCACUUGUCCAUCAAAUCAAAGCCCUCGAGGUGGAAUUCGAUCACGAGAAGCAGGCUCAUAGAGCUACCCUGUCUCGCGUAAUACAGCAAACAGACGAGAUAUCCGCGCUGACUAAAAGGGCGGAGGAGCAACGGAAGCAACUGCUGGCGGAGGCUCGACAGGCGCCUGUCGCCCCGCAACAAACCCAGACAUGGGAGACUGAAAAGAUUGCCUUUCAAGAAAAGAUUGAGACGUUGAACCGAAAGUUGAAAAUCGCCAAGGAGCAACUUCAGGAAGCAGAGAAGAGCCUGAAAACUAAUAGCAGGCUUGCAUCCGCUAGAAGCAGUGGUCCCGCGGAGCAAUCCAAGCCGAACCCUGUUCAACACUUUGCCCGGCGAAUCAACACCGACUUGACUAUUGCAACACCGGGCGCCGUCCGCAUCAAAGACAGGAAGAAGCAGUCAACUGCGCUUCCUGGCGACAAGUCAGCGUUCUCGAUCACGCCGUUUCUCAACCGCACGGGCGGACAACACGAUUCUCCUGGCAGCUCCCAAGAUGAGGGAAAUGAGGCCGGUGAAAUCGACGAUGCCCACGAGACUUCUUAUCUCGACGGUAAGAUCCAGGACGAGUCGCAGGACGAGCCCCCCCAAGAACGCCGCCAAGGCCCGGGAAAGCAACGCUUGAAUAAAUCCAUGGCUCCCAAGAAAGGGAGCCGCUUGAGGCCAGCGGACGACGACGAUGAUAGCGACGAGGCUGGGCGCCCUACUGCCUCACUCGCCCAGUCUAUUUCUCAAGCGCAGGCCCGCACCAAAAAGCGUAAACUGGGGGCCCAGAGUAAGAUGGUCAUAGAGGAUGAGGGGGAAGAUCUAGAGCCUAUGGAGGUCCGCAAACCAGGUCGUAAACUUGCCCUGGGACUGGGGCGCAAUACUAGUCUGCAAGCCCCUGGGUUCGGGGGCUUUGGCGGAUUUUCGCCCUUGAAGCGGGACAGGAAGCAAGUGUGA